GUGGUUUUUGGCCCCCACACUUUGUUGGGUUUCUCCCCGCAACCACAUGCAUCAUCACAAGGGGUUGUUGGCUUUCAGAAUAUAUUUGCAAUGGGCUCAGCACCUCUACUUAACAGGCAUGCGAGGAGGACCUGGUUUUUUCAUUGUUCCUGUUGAGAGUACUAUGCGCCACCCCCUUUUCCUCCUUUGGUCCGAUGUGGUGGUGGUGGUGGUCGUGGUGGUGGUGGUGGUGACCAUGUGCCACCUAAACAUGCUGGUGAUUGCUGACAAACGCUCUUUUCUUUUCUUUUUGUUUUUCUUCCCACAUCUCAAUGCCCCAACUCCUCCUGAUCAAAAGCUUCUCUGCUUAAACAUCCGAUCCUCCCACAUAUACUGUCAUGGGCUGCAUCAAACAUGCAUUCCGAAAACACUGCAUGAGCAACAUCUGCGGCGGAUGCUCCUUCUCCGUCUGCUACUUUUUAUCGCCGAGCAUCCACAAGGAUUUGGAUAAAUAAAUCCUUCAUUGGACUUCCAACACAUGGGGCCUCGGUCAAAGACAGGCCUUGGAAGCUGCAUGCGCACUCGGAGCCAGAGAGCAGCAGGAGCACCCAUCCCCUUUUUCGCAGUGCUCUGUAGUUGGGCAAGGCGCUCCUCCUUGGUUGCAGAAAUGGUGGCCUUGCUGAUGGUUAUUGGAUUGGCAGUGAGCUUCCUGGUCGCCUGUAGUGCCUUGUUGAGAUGGAAUGAGGUGAGGUACAGGAAGAAGGGCCUGCCUCCAGGGACUAUGGGUUGGCCAGUCUUUGGGGAGACUACAGAGUUUCUGAAGCAAGGUCCUGGCUUCAUGAAGAACCAGAGACUUAGGUAUGGGAGCUUGUUCAAGUCACACAUACUGGGAUGUCCCACCGUGGUGUGCAUGGAUCCGGAGCUCAACAGGUUCGUUCUGAUGAACGAAGGGAAAGGCUUCGUCCCCGGGUAUCCCCAGUCCAUGCUGGAUAUCCUGGGGCGAUCCAACAUUGCAGCCGUGCAUGGUGAGAUGCACAAGACCAUGAGGAGCGCCAUGCUUGGCCUGGUAAGCUCCCCAAUGAUCAGGGACAAACUCCUGCCUAGAAUCGAUGAGUUCAUGCGAUCUUACAUCGACAAUUGGAGUGGAAGCGUCAUUGACAUCCAAGAGAAGACCAAGGAGAUGGCAUUGAUGUCGGCCUUGAAGCAAAUUGCAAGCAUCGAGACUGGUCCAGUUUCUGAAUCCCUGAAAACAGAGAUCUUCAAACUUGUCCUCGGUACUCUUUCCUUGCCGAUCAAUAUUCCUGGAACAAACUAUUAUCGGGGCUUUAAGGCAAGAAAGAAUCUCGUGGGUCUGCUGCGCCGGCUAAUAGAGGAAAGAAGGAUUUCCAGAUGCUCCUACGAUGACAUGCUCGGUUCCCUCCUCAAGGUUGAUGACAGCUCCAAAGUAAAACUCAAUGAUGAACAAAUCAUUGAUCUGAUCAUCGCUCUGGUGUAUUCUGGCUAUGAAACUGUUUCGACAACCUCGAUGAUGGCUGUCAAAUAUCUCCACGAUCACCCUAGAGUCCUUGAAGAACUCAGAAGCGAACAUUUGGAAAUUCGCAAAGGAAAGUCACGAGAGGAUGGAAUCGAUUGGAGCAAUUACAAGACAAUGAAGUUUACUCGUGCGGUAAUCCUGGAGACCCUAAGAAUGGCCACGGUGGUCAAUGGAGUACUUAGAAAGACAACAAAAGAUGUGGCAAUGAAAGGUUUCAUAAUUCCAAAAGGAUGGAGGAUAUAUGUAUACACCAGAGAGAUCAAUUAUGAUCCUCUUAUGUAUCCUGAACCUUUGACCUUCAACCCAUGGAGAUGGCUGGACAAAAACUUGGACUCGCACCAUCACUUCAUGCUGUUUGGAGGAGGAGGCAGGAUGUGCCCGGGGAAAGAACUGGGGACAGCGGAGAUUGCAACAUUCCUGCACUACUUUGUGAGCAGAUACAGGUGGGAAGAAGUUGGAGGGGAUAACAUACUUAAAUUUCCGAGAGUUCAAGCUCCGAACGGCCUGCAUAUCCGAGUUUGGGAUAACCAAGAUCAAAUUGUACAGAGCAUUAGGUAGUUUUGCAGGCGAAUGAUCAGGAGAGAAGUGUUACUGUAACUUGUUGUUCCGGAGUCACUUGGGGCAGAGGAAUAUAACGUAGAACUAGCAUCAUCAUCCAGAUAGAGGAGAGGUACAGAGAGUCUCUGCUACAAGGGCUGUUUAUAGAAGUAUGAUUAGUAUCUGAUAAAUACAAGAUGAAGAAAAUUUCAGAAUGUUUCUGUACGUUGUUGGUCACCAAUUCAUGAAGCAAUAUUCUCACUCACAAUGUUCCACAUCUUAUUCUUGUACAGUGAUCUAUGAUGAAUGAUAGCAUGAUCAGCUUAGCUUUCCAACUUUUUGAUGGUCCAAUGGGAACUGUUUGAGGUCAAACAAAAGCCAUUAAGAUUGUCAUUAUGCGGCUUGCAACACCAGAAGCAUCGUAGAGCAUAUAACUUCAUCAUGCAGCUCACAACUCCAAAAGCAUCGUAGAGCAUAUAACUUCAUCAUGCAGCUCACAACUCCAAAAGCAUGUAUCCUCUGCUUCAUGAGCUUACCAGUACUCGGGAGGAGGACGACACUCGUGGAGGGCACACAAACUUGAUCACGCAAAAUUGCAAUUCCAAAUCCGUGCAACGUGUGUUUCAUAUGUGCUUGCGAGCACUCAGAUAUAUACCUGACAGCUCACACAAGUACUGCUCCCUGUUCUUCACGGUGACAACAGCUACAUGAGCAGAUAAGAAACCAAGUUCAACUUGGCACAAAGCUGAAGGCAAUCUCUGUGUACAUAGGCUGUGUUAGAGUGAACCUAAACGAUAUGCUUGUAGUUUACUGAAACACUAGUAGCUGGCGAGUAACAUGCAAGGAAGAGCUGCAAUUAUGUGAUGUAUUCCGGAGCCGCCCCACCAC